CAGAAACACAUCAUGUCUAUCCGGUUCAACUGGGUAGCGCACCUCUCUGCCCUGUUGUUACAGCUGUUUAGGGCAAAGAAAGCUCUUACUAGGCUUAGUUCCUGCUUCGUCUGCUAGCGAGAUACUUCAAUAUUUGUCUUGGGGAAAAAGACAUGUCGCUAUUUAGCCAGAUAUCUUAGUUGUUCAUAGGGACACAUUUCCUCGCCAUAUAUUAGCAGAAGCAGACAACAAUAUAGCCAUGGCCAGUGAACCGGUGAGUGUGGUGUUCAAGCUGUACUGCUUGUCUGUGAUGACACUGGUGGCAGCUACCUACACCGUAGCUUUGCGAUACACAAGGACCGUGUCGUCGGUUCUUUACUUCUCCACAACAGCAGUCUGUAUUACAGAAGUCAUCAAAUUGUUUCUGAGUCUUGGUAUGCUGACUAAAGAAACGGGUAGCCUUGGCAGGUUGAAGUCAUCGCUCGUUGAAAAUGUGAUUCGGAGUCCGGUUGAGCUUCUGAAACUGAGCGUUCCCUCUUUGGUGUACGCUGUGCAGAACAACAUGGCCUUCAUUGCUCUGAGCAACCUUGAUGCAGCUGUGUAUCAGGUGACGUACCAGCUGAAGAUCCCCUGCACGGCCCUCUGCACGGUGCUGAUGCUCAACCGCUCGCUCAGCCGGCUGCAGUGGUUCUCCGUCUUCAUGCUGUGCGGGGGGGUCACGCUCGUGCAGUGGACCCCAGUCGAAGCCACCAAGGUCCAGGUAGAGCAGAACCAGUUCAUGGGUUUCAUGGCUAUCGCUGUUGCUGUCCUCUGCUCUGGAUUUGCAGGGGUCUACUUUGAGAAGGUGCUGAAGAGUUCGGACACCUCGCUGUGGGUGAGGAACAUCCAGAUGUACCUGUCUGGUAUCGUGGUGACGCUGAUAGGCGUAUUCCUGUCCGACGGGGCCAAGGUGAUGGAGAAGGGCUUUUUCUACGGAUACACGCCAUGGGUUUGGUUUGUUGUCAUGAUGGCCAGCGUCGGUGGCCUGUACACUUCAGUGGUGGUGAAGUACACUGACAACAUCAUGAAGGGCUUCUCCGCUGCGGCGGCCAUUGUCCUCUCUACAGUGGCUUCUGUCACACUGUUUGGGCUAAAGAUCACUGCCACCUUCUCCGCCGGAGCCCUGCUGGUGUGCGUCUCCAUCUACCUGUACGGCCUGCCCAAACAGGACACCAGCAAGGUGGCCAAAGCCGACCCGGGCAAGGACGCCAAAACCAAAUUGAUCACGGUCUGAGACCCGAGGCCGAGCGGUCCGCUCAACCGUCACUGAACCGCCCCUCUCGGCCUCCACGCUGGACUUCAGGGCGAGGGACCCCACGUCGCUGCUGCCUGCCCACAGCGGCAUCCACAAACUAUACCCUACAGCCCAGUAAUCACUACCCACGGUGCUGCUGGAGGACGGCAGUGAGGACUUAAGGAUGCACUGCUUGUCUUUUUAAAAUAAUUUUUUUAAACGUAUACUCGCUUCUAUUUUUUUCCCCCCGGUGGCGUCGUACUCUUUUUCUCUCGCUUGUAAAUUGGAAAUAUAUCAACUUUUUUUGCCAAAUUGGAAGUGUUUUUAAUUGAGAAACGUUUUGAGAUACCGAAGUGAAAUAUCUCCUUGCACCUUUCUUUUAGUUUUCCUGUAGAUUGUUUUAAAUUGGCGAUUAAUCAGUAUGCCACCAUUUCUUUCUGUGGACGAAAUGGUCGCUACGGACCACUGGACAGCAACCGACUUUCAGCUCUGACUACAGAAGUGAACUUGUGCACAUAAACAAACAAAAACUCUACUGAGCCAUAGUCUGGAGGACAGGGUGCAUGCACUGUUUUCUUUUUUUGUUUGUUUUGUUUUGUUUUUUUUGUAUUAAACAUGAGGGCAAAUUGCCAACGAAAAACAUUUAUUAUGGAUGGGCUUCCUGUUGUUUUACCUGCAGUCAUUUUAAAAAAGGUUUGUUAUGGCUUCAGGUUCUUGUCGGUGUACACUUUCUAUAAGCUAAUGUUGGAUCACAUGCAAACUGUCAUCAGUGAAUGAUGCCUAUUUUCAAAAAUGCAUUUGACAAAUAGGCAUUUUCUAGAAGGUGAUGUUGCAUCACAUGCAAACAGUUGUCAGUGAAUGUUGCCUGUUUCCCAAAUGCAUUUGACAAAUGGGCAAAUGGCAAAUUCCAGUGAUGGCAUAAGGCUGAUUCUUUAAGCUCACUUUUCCUAACUACCACAGCAUUCAGUCUUAAUUGAAACAAAGUGUUCUCCAGGUUAGUAGUAUAUGCAUUGAUGAGUGUCAAAGGAUAGCUGUUUUGAAAGGUCACUGAUAAUUACGCGACACCCCUUAGUCAGUGCGAGAACCAACUCAGCUGAACAUGGAGGUAGUGACUCAUCCUCCCUCCUAUUCUGAAUUUGUGAGCGUUAACCUGUUCUUUACCUCUAUCGCUGGAUGAAUGGUUGAGGAGGUUUAGCACUAGUAACGAGUGUUACUAGUGGGUUUCAUAAAAGGCUAUAUUUUCUGUGUACUCCUUAAAUCAUUUGGAAUGUCUUCGAAUAAAUGAUUUUGAGGAGGAAAAAAAGCCGUAAGUGUUUUGUGCUCAAAUGAAUGACUGAACUCGUUUUGGUUGCAAUCACUUUUGUCCUAGAAAACUCCUAGUAUAUACCGUCACAGUUGAGCCUUUAAACACCUGCUAAAAUGUUAAGACCUGUUGUUACACGACAACGGUUAUAUGGUUUUUGACAUGUUUGUUAGAUAAAACAGCCACCUGAGGACAAUUCAAUAUGUAUUUCAUUUGCUGAUCAGAUUGAAGUAUGUACCUGACACAUGGUACUGGAUGUAUUUUAAAAAAGGGGAUUAAAGCCUUGAAACUGC